AUGAAAAAUUUAGCUAAAGUGACAUUUUUCUCGAUUUUUUCUCUCUAAAAAUCUUAGAAGAAUUCGAUCAAGAUAUUCCAGAGACAAAAUUAGAAUUAAGUGAUUAGAAUCCAAUAGAGAACUUUUGUAGCCCAAGCAGUUAAGAAACCGUCUACAUGCUUUUACAAGAUUCUGAAUGUGUCUGCAAAAGCCACUCCUGAAGAAGUUAAAUCUGCUUACUAUGAACUAGGCGAUCCAGAAAUGAGAGCAAAAUAUGAUAGAUUACUAUAUGGAGAUUCAGCUAGCGGAGAUUUCUAAAACUAAGAAGCAUAUGAAUAUUGGAAAGACAGGAAAGGUGGUUUCAAAAACAAAGAGGAUCUUCACAAAGAAAGAGUGAGGGACAAAGUGAAUAAUGCUUAGUCUUACGAUGACUUCUUUGACAGAAUAAAUAACCAUAGAGAGAAAAAUGAAGCUAGAGAAGAAUUAUUAAGAGGAGAAGGCUUUAAGGAUCUAGCAAAGAAAUACGGGCCAGAUUAUGAUUAUCAUUAAUCUGCUAACGAUGAGCAUAGUGACAAAUACAUUAGAUACAGAGAGAGAUUUUAUGAAAAUUACUGGGAUACAAAGGAGAAUUCAGAAUAUUAUUAGCAACCUGCUAGAACUCGGGCUUGGAUCACUCUUAAAAAGGUAACGAGCUUUUAUUGGGAUUUUGCUAUUAUUUGGGGCGCAUUUGCAGCACUUUUUGUUGUCUUUAGCGCCCGAAAUAAUGCCUCAAAGACCAAUGUCUCACAUGCCUAUUUAUAGAUUAUCAAGCAGAGAUCCCUUGAACCCCUAGAAAUAGUAUAGAAUAGAUCCUACUAUGAUAAUAAAUACUCUGCUGAGGAUUUUUAAAGGAAUCCAUCAAAUGAUUAGAAUAUAGUAAAUGCUGAGGAAGAUAUUUAGACUGACAUAAAAGCUGAUUCGACUAAUCGUAAUAAAUGA